UGUUGUGAAAAAGCCUAACCGGAAGUAGCCGGAAGUAAGUCGUUAUGCUAGCAUGGAGGGUUGCCCGCCAACACAUCAUCAUCCAAACAACAAAUAUGUAAUUUAUUUAUGAGAAAAUCUUUAUUCACUCGUGUGGGUUUGCUUUAUUUAACCUGAGAUGCUUUAAGUGACACCGUUUUUACACUCAGGGUUCGUUGACGAUCACUCUUCAUUCAGUGCAGGGACUCAGUUUACUUUUCACAACCAAAGCUUUCAGCACAGAUUUGUAUUUUUGUGGAAUUAAAAUUGAAAUUAAGUAUGGCGCAGAACAAAGAGUCAGAACCGGAAUCUCGACUAUACGCUUUUACCCGAGUAGCCUCCGCGAUGUUGACACACUUUCUCGGCGUCGCCCUCACUGUUUUUGUCGCUGUUCUGGCUCGACCCGGCACAAGUUGGUUUUCUUGGCAUCCUCUCCUCAUGACUCUAGCAUUCUCCCUCUUCAUGACAGAAGCCAUCCUGGUUUUCUCCCCCCACGGUUCCCCCAUGAGGCGGUUCUCCCACAAGGUCAAAGUUCGCAUUCACUGGCUCUUGCAGUGCGCCUGCCUCUUGUGCGCCACACUGGGCCUGGCCGCCAUUUUGUACAACAAACACCUGCAAGGCAAGCCUCACUUCACCUCCUGGCACGGGCUGAUGGGCCUGCUGACGGUGUGCGCGGUGGGGGUCCAGUCCGUGGCCGCCCUGCCCCUGGUCUACCACUCCCUGGCCAAAGGUUGGUCACUGGCCAAGCUCAAGAGGUACCACGCGGCUUCCGGGCUGGUCGCCUACCUGCUGGGCGCUGUCAGCCUGCUGCUGGGGAUGAGUUCCGUGUGGUUCAAGGCGUCCGUCAGCGACGGCGUCUGGUACUUGGUGGCACUCUGCCCCGCCCUCUGUGGUCUGAUCGUCAUGAAUCAAGUCACCAGCGCUUAUGUGGCCAAAAAACGCCUACAGUCUUAAUGACGGCUGUGAUGUGGACAUCUUUUCUGCAGGGAUCAUUUUUUUUCUUUUUCUUCUUGGUUGUGAUAAUACACCUCGUAGAUGGACUAUCAAUGUUAUUUUUGCAGUAUGCUAUGUUUUGUGUUAUUAGGGACAACCAAUGCAAGAACUGCAUCCAAGAAUUUCGCCUCCUUGUUUUGAUGGACAAGGUAUUAAUAUACAGUGGGGCAAAAAAGUAUUUAGUCAGCCACCGAUUGUGCAAGUUCUCCCACUUAAAAUGAUGACAGAGGUCUGUGAUUUUCAUCAUAGGUACACUUCAACUGUGAGAGACAGAAUGUGAAAAGAAAUUCAGGAAUUCACAUUGUAGGAAUUUUAAAGAAUGUAUUUGUAAAUUAUGGUGGAAAAUAA